AUGCGUGCUGGCGCCAGUUCGGCGCUUCUCCUGCUGAUCUCGAAGUACGUUUUUCCUUUUUCUGUUAUCUGGACCCUUGCGACCACCAGCGCUGCCCGAGGGGCACCGUCGAGGCCUGCCAGAGUCCUGCGGAGUGCCCUGGGUGCUUCGAGUGCACGGCGACGGACACCAGCCUCGCGCUCCUGCCAGGGCCACGUCUUCGAUGUUGUCCCGUCGCGGGUCGACUGCCUCCUGUCAGCUGGCCGCGGCGCCCUGCCUGCGGGCAGGCGCAGGGAGGCCGUUGCCCUGGGCGCCCUGGGCCCGGACCGCAGCGGCUGCGUCUUCGGCGCUGGCAGCGUCCUGCUUCUGCAUGCGGACGUGGCCGCGGCAUACGUGAUCUGGCAGGGCAUCUGCCACCUUGACGCUGACCAUGCUGUCGGGCGCUUCCAGAAGACUGCGCACCACGGGCCGGCAGGCCCUAGCCACACCACGCCAAGCAGGACGGCCACCACGACGAGGAGGACUUACAAGGCGUGGGACGUGGAGGUGGCGGCGGCGGCACUCCCCGCCGCUAUGCCAGCCGAGGGGUCGCCCACUGUCGGUGCGGAGGCAGGUGAGGCGGCUUCCCCUGCUGCGGACCUGCUCGGGGCCGCGUGGCAACCGCACAGUGCCGCCGCCGCGCCCGAGGCGGCGCGGCGGGGCGAGGCGCGGGGCCGCGCCGCCGCUGGCUCGUCGGCCGUGCGGGGCCGGUCGGAGCACCCGGAGGGCCGGGGCGCCGCGCCCGUCGGCGGCGCAGGGGGAGGUCGGUGCGGCCGCAAUGGUUUGGGGAAGGGCAGACAGCAACUCUUCCGGCGGCGUCAACUUGUAGCCGGUAUAUGUGAGCCGCGUUGCUGCAAAGCGCUGCGUUGA